CCCGGCGGUGCCUGCGGGAGUGAGAAUAAAGACAGAUAGCGGGGCAGGCACCAGCCGGGAGCGGAGGAAAAGCGCAAAAAGUUUCCUGCGAAGUUCGCGGGCGGCGGCAGCGAUGCCCGUGCUGCGCGGUGCGCUGGGCGGGCUCCGCUCGCCUUAGGGAGGGGAGGCGAGAGCCAGGCGGGGGCUGCGCGGGCGGCGGGGAGUCCCGAGCCCGGCAGCGAGCCCGUCCUCUCCGCGGCUGGGCCCGGCGGGAGCCGGCAGCGAGGAGACAACAUCCCGGACGGAGACGGAGAAGCGCAGCUGGCCGGAGCGGAGGGAGGGGGCGCAGGCACCGCGGCGACACGCACUGCCGGCAGAGCCUGGGGGAAAGAUGAGCUUGCUGUCAGCCAUAGACACCAGCGCCGCUUCUGUCUACCAGCCCGCCCAGCUCCUCAACUGGGUCUAUCUGUCGCUGCAAGACACGCACCAGGCCAGCGCCUUCGAUGCCUUCCGCCCCGAGCCCUCCUCGUCCCAGCACCCCGACCUCAGCUACACCAAGAGCACCCCGGAGCUGGGCUCCUCGCUCAGCUCCAGCUAUCUCAACAGCUUCUUCCAGCUCCAGCGGAGCGAGGCUCUGAGCAGCAGUCUGUAUAAGAGUGCAUCUCCUUAUGGCUCUCUUAAUAACAUAGUGGAUGGGUUAAGCUCCCUCACUGAGCAUUUUUCUGACCUAUCCCUUUCUUCAGAAGCCAGAAAACCCAGCAAGAGACCACCUCCUAAUUACCUGUGCCAUCUCUGCUUUAACAAGGGACACUACAUCAAAGACUGCCCACAGGCUCGUCCAAAAGGAGAAGGUCUGACCCCAUACCAGGGCAAGAAACGUUGUUUUGGUGAAUACAAGUGUCCCAAAUGCAAGAGAAAAUGGAUGAGUGGAAACUCAUGGGCUAACAUGGGACAAGAAUGUAUCAAGUGCCACAUCAAUGUUUAUCCUCACAAACAGAGACCCCUGGAAAAGCCGGAUGGCCUGGAUGUUUCAGAUCAGAGCAAAGAACAUCCCCAGCACCUGUGUGAGAAGUGCAAAGUUUUGGGCUACUACUGCCGUCGCGUGCAAUAAACCUUCGAAGUGGCCUCUUCCCGUCCCCAUCAUCCUUCAAGAUCCUCUGGCAGCGUACAACGAACAGCAACACACCAGAAAAGAAAUCACGACAAAAGCUAAAAUAAUUGCCAAUAUUGCCUAUCUUUAACCUAAUAAUAUGCCUUACCAUUAGUAGAAUGUAACAUUUCUCCUGUGCAUGCACACACAUGCAACAGGUAUUUACAGGACUAUCGUGUAUUUGUAUACAUACAUAUAUAUAUAUAUAUAUAUAUAACUUGCAUAUAUAUAUAUGUACACACACACACACACGUAAACAGUGUUACUGACAGUGUUCACAACAGAGCCACUGUUGCAAGUUCUGUUGAUUGUUUACACAGUUCCUGUAUCAAGGCCAGGUGAAACCAAGUGCUAUUCAUCAGGCAAGAUGCUAUAUUCACAAGGAGUGUAUGUUAUAAAUGGCUUUUGCAGAGGUUAAAUAACUGUGGGGACACUAAUUGCAAGUACUCACUCACAUCAAGAACGCUAUUCCUGUUAUAUGACAAGACUGAGGAAGAUUAAACAAGCCACAGCGUAAAAGAUGGAACAUUAUUGUUUUCCCAGAUUUAGAAAGUCUGAGAGUUCUGUGCUGCUGCUUUCUUGGAUGUUUUCUCUUUGUUAAUGUAACUUGGGCAGGGGCUUAGGCAAAAUCAUUUUUGCAGGAUGUGUCAAAAAAAAAAGUGAAUAAUUGUUAGAGGGUGAGGUUUGUGUAGGAAGGGAAUGCCUUAACGGGACACAGAGCACCAGGGAGGAUUCCAAGAAGCUUUUUGGGGGAGAUGGAAUUGGCUUGCUUGCGCUACUAACAGAUCCUUCUCUUGUCAUAUAAUUCCUCUAAAUGGUCCCUUUAUGUUUAUGUGCUAUUCAUUAGGCCACAAGGACACUAAAUUUACUGUGAAUAAUGGGGGAUGAGAAAGCAUAAAAUUAUCCUCCAAACCCUUAAUUGAAAGAUUAGCCAGACUUACUAUUUAUAAUAGUUUUAAAGCCACUUUCUGGAAAUAUUUUUAUGUCCUGUUUUCUACUGUAGGAAUUUAUUAUUAAUGUAAAACUCUUUAGCCAUAGGGGUGUUAUGAGGCAUGAAGAACAUCCAUCUACAUAACUUCCCUCUUUUCUGUCUUCCUGAAACACCAAUAUACCUUAGGAGAAAUGUAAGCAUUGUAUUUAGUUGUCCCAUUUCAGGUAGAACUUUGUGCAGGGACAUCCUGUUGCAAAGAAAUAUCAGGGAUUGGGGAAUAUCAUGAACUGAAAGUACCUCGAGAUAGUAUCUUGUUUAUAUGUCUCUUUAAGAAUACAUUGGCAAAAGGACACACAAGCAAUUCAUUUGCAUUAUUCACUUAAAAACUAUUUUUAAAAAAUUAACAGGGAUAAUUUUUUAAGAAACAGCAAUUUCUAUUUUUGCAAAGUUUCCUUUAGAAAGCUUGAUUUGUAUGAAUGGUAUUUAGUGGAAUUACUUUAAAUCCUAAGUAACUUGAUGUAAAUUAAAUCUGUUUUAAAGAUUAAUUCCAUAAUGCUAAUCCAGAGGGGUUUUACGCCAAGUUAUGCUGGAAUAUUACCAGUAUGUACAGUCAAAUUCUUGUACAGCAAACUGAAAACGUACAGUGAGCAUUCUCAUAUGACAUGUGAGCCUCUUCCCAAAUUUGCUCCAGGGUGAAACUUUUGCCCUUUCUCUGCUUUGCUAUAAACAGGGCAGAAUUGUUUCUGUUUAUUCCGGGGGCAGCGAACGUCGCGUACGUAUCUCACAAACUUCAUUAUUUAUGGGUAGCCCAAGUGAUAGAGCCAACAGGUGAGAGCAAUGGAUAAACAUUGGGACUUGUCGCUUCUGUCCAAGAUUUUUCCAUUAGCUCACUGAUUUUGCGCAAGUCACAAAAUCCUUUUGGGCCUCAGUUUCCCCAACUGCAAAAUGGGGAUAAUAAUACUUUAGCAUACCUACCUCACAGGGGUGUUGUGAGGCUUACUUAAUAUCUUUAGAUGCUUUGACAUCAUUGGAUGAAAAGUGCUAUCUAAUGCUAAAAUAUUAACUACAGUAAUCACUUUAAAACUGAUUUUGCCCAGUAGGCAAUUUCAUCAGCUAAAAUGAACCUAAUAUAAAAACUUAACACUAAUAACAGAUUCAGUUUUCUCAAAAUACGCGAUUUUAGCGUUUUCAAGUGGGAAUGUAUUCUUUUGCACAGACUCAAAAAUUUAACUUAGAGACAGAUUUUUUAAAUAAAAAGACUUAAUCUGCCCAUACAAAUAAGAGUAAGAAAAUACACAGGCAAAUCUAGGAGUGGAUUUUCAAAGCUUGAGCUCUAGUGUUAAUCUGAGUCUUUUUUUUCCAAGCAUGAGACAUACUGAAGCAAUGAACACAAGAGCGCUGCAUACUAAACCAGAUGUAUUUUUUUGUUCUUCUUGAGCACUUAGUAGCACACGAACAAAACUCGCCUUGACACAUCAUAUUCAGCCAAAGGACAAAUAAAGAAAUCCUAUUAGAUAAAAACCAGGAGAAAAAUUUAUUUUCCCUCUGAAACUAAGAUGUUGCUACCAACCAUUCUUUCUGUUUUGAAAUAGUUUCAGACUUUCGAUAACCACUAAAUGAAAAAAAAAAUCAGUAAAAUAGCUCAUCCCCUGGUAUAGCUACAUCAGUAUACAACAUAUCACAAGAUUUUAAACAACAAAGACCAACUAAAAGACACCAUAACAUGCAAUUAUUGCUAUUUUCAUGACAGUACCGUCUUAAAAAUCAUUUAUCCACAUUCAGCACUGCAUGGUGAUGCCUUUAACUUACGGAUUUUUAGGUUGUAAUUUAAAAUAAGGUUCCUAAAACUAUACCUGGUUACCUUUAACACAAUUAACAUGUAUAGGUUAAUAAUAAUUUUUAGAAGCAUACUUAUGAAGGUUCAAUAUUUAUAUCAUGGUAUUUUCCUAGGCAGUAGACAGAUGAAAUUUUUAAGUGAUGUUCAGCAUUAAGCUGAAUAUUGGAAUACUGAGGAAGAAAACAAACUUUCCUGGACACUUACAUUGGGGAAAAGCGGAUAAAGAACAAAACGCGCGGGAAAGCAAGAAGCCAUCGCUUCUCCUGCCCCACUCGGAGGCCCCGAAGCCCCUCCGGGGCCGGGCGGGCCGCGGGGACGCGCCGCAGCCCCGCGAGCGGGAAUGAGCGCGGAGGGAGCCCCGGGGCUCGCGUCACGCUCGCCCUCGGCGCGCGGGGAGAACAAGUCGGGAUGAACAGCACGCGGCCGCCUGUGAUCGUUGGCUUUUAGCUGAGGACACAGAGUGGAAAUUCCUGAUUUUUGGUUUCACAAACCUGGGUUUUGACUAGAAAAACAUAAGCUUCUCUCUUUUUGUUUUCUAAGUUAAUUCACCUAUGAACUAUUUUUUCCAAAACAACAAAAGAUUACUCCAAAGUUCAGAUUUUGAAUGGGAAGAGGAUGAGUGCUUUUCCUCUCUGAUUUUAUGGAUACCUUCUGAUCUUCUCUGUAACCAGCUCUACAUUUAGAUCGUCAACUAGUGUUCCUAGUUUUUUUUUUUUUUUUUUUUUUUUUUUUUUAACAGUCUUAUCAGAAGCAAAGCAGGUAGUGGUGAGAAGAGUUUUAAAUCAACACAAGUCUCCCUAAACUUGGUAUUCUCAGAGUGGUACCUGAGGCAAAUUUGACUCCCCGCGCAUACUUAACAAACUUAGUUUUAGAUCCCAUGAGACACUUCUUGUUGUCUGCGUACAAAUCCAUCCAGCUCACAACACUGUUUUCCCAUUGGAGAUUUUUUUUUAAUUUUUAUUUCUUCUUUGGAAAAAAUCCCCAUUUGUUUCUUCCAUCAGUCAGAACAUUUUAUGCAGAAUUUGUCUUCGGCACUGGCACUGUUCUGGAGAAAAGGAUCAGUGAUCUGAAAUAAGUAGCGAAGGUCUUUAGCUGUUUUGACUUGAUGCAACUCCAAUGAAGUUGUUACAACUGCUUCAUUUAAUAGUGAUGAAGAAAAAAUCCUGUAGAUUAAAGCAUGGCCCUGUUUUAGCCAGUUUCUAGUGCUGCUACCACAGACAGAAAAUGAUGCCACACAAGCAAAGUUUGAGACUUUUUUGUCUCAAGGUUGCUUUUUAAUUUCAGAGAAAUACACAAGGGUAUAUAUUAUUUCUAAAAAUAAGUGUAUUUUAAAGUUCCCCAUUAUAUGGGACUUAGUUUGUAAACUAAAAAUGUGAAGUUAUGUAUGUCUUAGAGAAAUAUUCUCUAUAUUUUACCUUUUUGUAUAACACAAAAUUUAGAUUAAACCUGGGUUUGCAUACUUGUGAAGUUCUAGCCAUUAAUCCAAAAGUAAAACUACUUGACACAUUAAAAGCUAAGAGUUUUUGGAAACGUUAGCAUUUAUAGAUUAGUUCUCUAUGUCCUGCAGGCACGUAGAGUAUCUUUUUUCUAGUAUGCAUCCAAAGAGCGAGCCACUGAAUAGCAUGCAAUAAUUCAAAAAACACAUGUUGAUGAUUUAACUGAAUUGACAUAAAUUUUCCACUUGCCUCUGCCAACGUUUCAAAAUGUAGUGGAACUAUCCCCGUACAAAAAUCAUUCUUUAAGAUAUCACUCCACUCCUGAUUGGGCUUCAAUACGUAUCUGUUUCCUAUCUGCAAAACCACUGCUGUCCAUUAAUGUUGCUAUAUUGCUGGAGUGCUCAGAGGGCUGAUUGAGAUCUUAGAUAUAGGGAUGAUGGUUUGUGUUUCUAGGAUGUAUUUCAAAGGGACAAUCGUGUGCAGUUACUAGAUAUAGAUGAUUGAUAUAAAUGUUUACCCCUGUAUGAAGUAUUUUACAGUUUUACUUGCAGAUGUGUAUUUAUCUUGAGUUAUACUUGACAUAGAGUUCCUUUCAAUUUUUUUUUAAUACUAUGUGUGUAUUUUGGAAACCUUUUUAGAUGUUAAAAUUUUUGAAUGGUUACAAAUAUUUCUUGUAAUACUGAAUUGUUAUCUUGUCUGGAAACUCUUUGCAGUAACUUUUUUGUAUAUAUUUGAGGGCCUUUUUUAAAAAAAGUAUUGUUUGGUAUUGGGGGAAAAGUUUUUACAACUUGGAAGCUUUCAAAAGGGCCUUCCUCUCAACUAGGAUACUAACAGAGGUAAGAGUUUUCUUAAGUAUUUUGCAAAACUAAGGAUGUAUCCUCAAGAAAAUAUUUAUGGAAGUAAUUUACUUUUUUGUUUUUAGGUUUUUGUUUUGUUUUGGUUUUUUUUACAAUGCUUUUGUCUGUAUAAAGUAUGCAACAGAACUACAUUAAGGAGGAAAUAUUGUCUACAUAAAAUAUUAUAUGAAAGUUGGUACAUAAUUCUGACAAAAAAAACCCUUGCAAUUCUUUAAGCCAUAUGUUUUUUGUUAUCCUUGGAUGAAAAUAUCAGUAUUAAGUAACCAAUAUAUUAUUCAAGUGCUUAGACUUAUAUGAAAAUGUUUAUACGGUUUAUUUAUGUGUAUUUGGGGAAGGAUUGCUAGAAAAAGCUAUCACUAGACAUAGAGCAAGUGAGGAGCAAAUACCAGUAUACUGUCACUUUAUGACCUCGUGAGAGAUGCGGAAGUUGCUGAAAGCACAGCAGAGACUCAGCUUUCAGAAUUUCUGAAGCACAAGUGUUCAGUUUCAGGUGGUCGUUUUUGUCCUUUUUCGUGACGAGAAGGGAAGAGUCGGUUGGGAUGCUGUUUGACAACCUGACUUUCACAACCGCUUCAGACUGUGAGCUCAGCUACACAGUUCCAGCUACAGCAAUAAUGUCAAUCAAAGGAUGUAACAGAGAAGGAUUGAAGUAGCUUCUUGUAGGGAUUUAUUUUUAUUUUAAUUUAGAAUUCAUAGCAAUAUAGAAUAUGCAUGUGCACGUAUUUGACGCAUUUUUACACUUUACAUUUCAUGUAGUUUGAUUAUUUUAUGAAGGAUUGGGUUUUUAGUUUGAUAUUUUACCAUGCUAAAGUGGGAGGUCUGCCCAACCCUGUACUGGAUUCUUGUUUCCUUUAAAAGGUUAUUUAGUACAGCAGUCACAGCAUUGUGUACUAGUGCUAAAACUAACACUGUAUCUUAUGAAUUUCUUCAGCUUUAAAAAAAUUAACCUAUUAUUACUACAUUUGUUUAGCUGUACCCACUGACCUUGGCAGUUUCAGUUGGUGACCUGUAUAAUUUCAUUUUCUGUAACUGUUAAUAAACUUGUACAGCUAGAACAAACAAACAAAACCUAUGGACAAAGGCCUCAGAGGUGCCAGUUCUGCUGCAGCAAUCGAGAUGACAACGUGCUUACCUGGUGACUACAUUGCUAAGGAGGCUGUGAAACCUCUGUUGUGGAUUGUCCAUAAAAUGGCAUUCCGACAUGUGCCUUAUUUGCUGGAUAGUAUACAGCUUUCCUCUAGUAUUAUAGCAUUUUAAUGCUGUAUUAAAAUACUGCAAAAAACA